AAUCGGAUUAAGAGGUUACUGUUCCUGCAGUGCGUUCCUAUUAACAAUGUUGCAUGUAUCUAGAUCUUGAUCUGACUGCGCACGUGAAGCCUUUUCCAGUAUUUGAAUGAGAAGACACAAACAUGAUGCGCUUUGUUUGGUAUAGAAGAGGUGACGUUAAACUUGUGCUGACUGUGAGCAAAGUUCGGGCAAUAAUCUCAAAUGUUUGGGCAACAAUCUCAGAUUGUAAUAUACCUUCAAUUAGCAAAAACCGUUUGAUUGCAAGCACGGCUCAUGCCAAAUAUAUCAUAUUACAAUUCUGGAGACUCCUAACUCAGGUCAGGCCUGAGCGCUAAAGGUGUCAUCGAGGCUUGUCCCAGGGAUUCGGCCGCUCCUGCCGCUCCAAGAAUUUCUUGCCGUCCUUGAUCACAAGGUAGGGCUCCGUGGGUUCUGACCCAGCUUUCGAUCUGAUGCAGGACCACAUUUGCCUCCAAGCAGGGACUAUCCUCGCGUUUACUUCCAUAGUGAACAAUGCCUGCAAGAAGUCUUCGAUCCUGUCGUUGCAGCGGUGCGGUCGUGGUCCCGCAGGCUCUUCUGUACCAUCACCGGACAUUUGAAGAAUUAUUUAUCGACAGAUCUAUUUCUUCGGUAAAUGAUCCAUACAAGUCUGAAGCUGCUCUUGAUCCUGAUGCCACACGGGAAGCAGCACUAUGUUGUGGCAAUGCGUCUUGAAGCAAUGUAACGGAAUGAUAACUUACAAGAAUUGAAUAAGUGUCG